UUUAUAGAAAAAAAAAGGAAAGAAGAAAGAGAAAGAUUUCUGGCAUCAAUGGCUGCUUUGUAUUCCAGUGUCACAGAGGAGGAUCUGAACGGUUUUAGGUUCUCAAUCGAUCAAAUUCAAACUCAAGUUGUCAAGCUAGAGAAACAAGUAAAUGAAGUUGAACAGUUCUACCAAUCCAACGAUUUUAAAGUUAAUAAUUCCAAAAACAAGGGUGAAAAUAAGCAUCUUAUUGGAACUAAGAAGUCACUGCAAGGUGAUUCACACAAUGAAGCUGAUGCUGAUGCUGCAAAAGGAAGGGAAGAACUCAUGCGCCAGUUUUCCGUUAUAUUGCGUCAGAUUACUCAGCAUGAAUGGGCUUGGCCUUUUAUGGAUCCUGUAGAUGUUGAAGGUCUGGGACUGUAUGACUAUUAUGAGGUUAUCAAUAAGCCUAUGGAUUUCAGCACAAUAAAAAGAAAAAUGGAAGCUAAGGAUGGCUCUGGUUAUAAGAAUGUCAGGGAGAUAUAUUCUGAUGUAAGGUUGAUUUUUAAGAAUGCAAUGAAAUACAAUGAUAAAAAGAAUGAAGUCCAUGUUAUGGCGAGAACCUUGCUGAACAAGUUCGAAGAGAAAUGGCUGCUCCUGUUGCCUAAAGUUGACCAAGAGGAGAGGAGACAUUUAAAGGAAGAAGCGGAUGCACAGUUGGAAACACAGCUCGCACAAGAAGCAACUUAUGCCAAUAUGACUAGGGAUUUAUCUGUUGAGCUGGACAAGGUUGAUGUGCAUUUGAAGAGUCUUAAAGCAUUGGUUAUUCAAAACUGCAGGAAACUCUCAUCUCAGGAGAAAGUUCUACUUGGGACAGCUCUCCCAAGGUUGUCUCCUGAAUACCUCAUCAGAGCAUUGCAAAUAGUUCAUGAAAACAAUCCAAACUUCCAACCUAAUGCUGAAGUUGUGGAACUUGACAUUAAUUCUCAGAACGACUACACACUGUGGAGGUUAAACGUUUUUGUCAAGCAUGCAUUGAAAGUUCAGGGAAGAACUGCUGAGGGCACAGGUGUUGACCAUAGUAAUAAAACCGAGAACAAGAACUACUCCAAAAGGAGGAGAAUUUUGUGAUUCUCUUGCCAAGAUAUCUUUUGAAAGUACUGAAAAAUCUUAUAUCUAGUGUUAGGUAAUGCAGUAGGAUAGGAUCAUUCUGUAAAAUCAUUUAUGAUAUGCUCAAUUAGUUAGAGGGAUCAAUGAGUAGUUUGUGUCUGAUAAUGUUUCACCAUAUAGACCCUUCAACAAAUCUAGAGGGGUACAGUUUCCUUUGGUGUAUUUGGUUGGUUGAAAUAAAAUGGAUGGUAAAAUUUUCUAUGAUUCUUUUUCAACGGAAUGCGAAAUUGAUUCUUUGGAGACAUCUCUCUGGUGAUUGACAUAACUUUGUUUACAUGAAACUGUCAUAAAAAUCGGACGGAAUUAAAUAAUUCUCAAGUAGAGUUUGAUUCAUAAUAACAAAAAUAUAUCUCUGCAAUUCUCCUUUCUUUUCAAAGAAGCAAGAUUCCAUGUUUGUUCCAAGUUAAAAUAACUGCUUCAGUCUCAUCUCAAGAUCAAAAGCCAAAAUGGGAAGUGUGGAAUGAGUUACUUGGCAAACCAAAACCUUAAGUUUUGAUCCCAACAAACCCUGGCUUCUUCUAUUCUGUGCAAUGAAGAAUGCAUUUGUAACUCUACCAUAUAUGACUUAAUGGCUUUAUCUAUGCCAAGACUACAUAAUACAGUACCUUGUUCUUAGUCUUCUCACACUAUAGGACAAUAUCAUAAUUGCAUGUAACAUGUUCUACAGGGGAAUAUUUUUGGCAAUUAGCAGUAAUCAUCAACACCCUUAUCCAUCACAUGGAGCAAUUUUAAUCUUACUAACUAGUCUCAUCUCAUACAACUGCAAAGUUUUAAAGCAUCAAAUUUUAAUACAACAGCCUAGUUGAUU